GGGCACCUGUUGGAGAGGGGAGAGGAGAAUCGCCAUCCCAGUAGGGACUUCUCUUGGAUAAUUUCAGACCUAUAACGGACAUAAUUUCACGUCAUCGUUUAUGAUCUUCGAAUAUACACCCGCAAGUAAAAUCGCUCUCCAUUGAUAUUUCGUCUGUCACUGAAGGUCUUGUGAUCAUUCAUUGACUGCGAUAAGAUUAAAUAUCACGAGGGCCAGCAGCGCACUUGUCGAUGUUGAGUUAUCAAACAUGGCGUGGUGGGAACUAAAUACUUCAUAAUUCUCGGCCUAGGACAUUUACAUCACACUAGGUAGAAUAUCUAUCAUAACCUAGGUUGUAGUUUGAACUACCCCUCUAGUUCAAAUUAAGCAUGCCGUAGAUAAGUGCAGCCAUGUUUUUAACGAUUCAAAUUUAUACAAUGGCUAAAUACGGCACUGAGCUGGCUAAAGCUUCCAGCAAAAUCUUGAUAGGACCAACCGCGUCUAUAUAAACCAGACCACUUUCAAAUUUUGAAAGUGCGAUGAUGAAGCUCGUGAUUGUCGUAGUGCUGUGCGCCGCUGUAAUGGGGGUUCGUGCACGCUCAAUGCUGCCUGAUGACUCGAGGAUCAUCCACGGCAAUGAGGUCACUCCACACUCUAUACCAUAUCAAGCCAUCGCAACCUUGGAUGCGGGAUACGUGUGUGGUGGUAUUGUGAUCUCCGAUACUUGGGUGCUCACCGCCGGUCACUGCGUCUAUGGGAGUCAAACUGCUAAGGUGAUUCUGGGCGCCCAUAAUAUCUCCCAGGAGGAGACUGAUACCCGACAAACGAUCCAAUCUGACGAGUUAAUUGUCCACGAAAACUUUUCCUCCAGCAAUGUCGCCAAUGAUAUCGGACUAAUCAAACUGUCCGCGCCUGCAGUGUUGAACGACUACGUUCAACCAGCAGUGUUACCGUCGCACAGCGAUCCUAGCUUGGUCGGCCUGAAAGCGACAGUGAGCGGUUGGGGUUACUUCGGUUACUUGAACCAGAGCAUCCCCUACGUCCUGAACGCAGUCACCAUAGAUAUAAUCGACGGCGCCGCCUGUAGGUCGGCGUACAGCAUCUACAAUGCUGAGACUACCAUAUGCUCCAAGGGUGAAACGGAUGAGGGCCAAUGUUCCGGAGAUUCGGGUGGACCUUUGGCGGCCAACGGCAAGGUGGUGGGGAUAGUUUCUUACGGUCCUCCGUUCUGCUUGAACGAAGAGAAGCCCACGGCGCAGACCAGGAUCUCGUACUACCUGGACUGGAUUUCCGACAAAACGGGAAUUGUUUUUGAUUGAAGUGAAAUGUUUUUAUUACACCUCUAUAAGGUUUCAAAUUUAGUACUUCCAUUGUCUUUGGAGCUUCACCUAGUUCAUCUAGAUCAAAUACUUGAGUUAAAUAUGGAUUAAAUAUA